AUGUCAUUUCACAGCCACGAACACUCCACGUCUGCCCAACCUGAUAACGUGACAGGCCUGGCCGGUGGAUCGUAUCAAACAAACCAAGGCUCCAGUAUGGCAGCCAACGACAGUGCGUAUGUUUCGUCGCCUAGCACGCUGACCUCGCAGAGUGCAGGCUCAUCAGGCUUCGAGACUCCCCGUCGAACACAAACAUAUGGCCGACGGCAAGAAGAGCUUCAUAUACCACCAAACACAGCCCCAGCCCAAUCAACACCAAAAGAUCUACCGCGGCAUCAUUCAUAUCAUUCGUCACAUGAAUUUUUGGGGGUCCAGCUCCUGGGAUCAAUGUUCAACAAGCUACGCCUCAAGAAUCUCAUUACGCAAACGCUCCAGGGGGGAAUAUCACUCCCAGGCUCUCUACAACCAGGCCGUCCAGGUGCCUCAGCGUCCAUUACUGCGCCUUCUACCGUACCAACUUUGCCUCAAACCCAGAAUCCCUCUCAAAAACAACCCCAUUCCUCACGACCCUCGACGACCAGCCAAGCACACAGCUAUUCUCGGUCCAGUCCUGCUGGUAUGGAUCAACCAAAAUACGCCCCUUUUGUCAAUACCCCUGAGAGUUCCAAAUACUCGUCACCGCCUAGCCACAGAUACACGUCAUCUCAGACAGCCCAAGGUGACGCUGGAUACUCACCGCUCGGCUUGGCAGAUAUACGACCGUUAGCUGACUCGGUAGUAAAUGAUGGACCUCAAAGCGGAAACUCAUACUCAAACGACGGCUAUCCUGCGUUCCCCACGAACAGCAACUAUUUGGCUCCAUGGGCAGUCUAUGCCUUUGAUUGGUGCAAAUGGCCAGUCCAGCAGCAAACUUCCGGCGAUUCAGCCGGCAAGAUGGCGAUUGGAAGUUACGUCGAGGAUGGGCAUAAUUUCAUUCAAAUUCUCGAGACUCAGAUUGCCCCAGAGCCAGAAGUUGACCAUUCAAUAGACGCGCCCCAAUUUGGUCUUGAAUUCGUUAAGACCGCGGAAGCGACACAUUCCUAUCCUGUCACAAGGAUAUUGUGGGAACCGGCGUCCUCCCAAAAGCAGUCUACUGACCUUCUGGCUACAUCUGGGGACCAUUUGCGCUUGUGGUCUUUGCCAUCACAGUCGUCCUAUAACCCAAGAAACUCUAUAUCCCGCUCGUCUAAUAGUUCACAGCAGCCGCCUCAAAAGCUGACACCUCUUGCUCUUCUCUCAAACUCCAAAUCGCCCGAACACACUGCACCACUCACUUCAUUGGAUUGGAAUACGCUUUCCCCAAGUCUCAUUAUUACUUCCAGCAUCGAUACCACUUGUACCAUAUGGGAUAUACCUACGCUUACGGCCAAGACGCAACUGAUAGCGCACGAUAAAGAGGUCUUCGAUGUCCGUUUCUGCGCUAACAGCGUUGACGUAUUCGUGAGCUGUGGCGCCGAUGGUAGUGUACGAAUGUUCGACCUCAGAAGUCUAGAACACAGUACAAUCAUAUACGAGCCUUCGGAGAAGAACAAUGAGAAAUCUUCAAGUCCUGGAAACAUGAGCCCAACGACGGCGCAGCAGACAAUGUCAUACGCACCACCACUACUCAGACUAGCAGCUUCUCCCCAUGAUGCGCAUCUCCUGGCAACAUUUUCACAAGACUCGAACAGCAUACGAAUUCUAGAUGUUCGGCAACCCGGACAGGCAUUACUCGAACUACGGGGACACGCAGCUGCUAUCAAUUGCAUAGAAUGGUCGCCUUCUCGAAGAGGCACACUAGCAUCUGGUGGAGACGAUUCGCUAGUAUUAAUUUGGGACCUUCUAAACCAAGGCAAUGCCACGCUGGCCCCAGGCUCGAACGGCAAUCCGCAGGCGUCAGGAAACUCAACCCCCGCUAAUACACAAGGACCGACCGCAAGUUGGCAUUGCGAUUAUGAAGUUGGGAAUAUUAGCUGGGCGCCGCAGAGCGGCUUGACGAGUCAAGGGAGCGAUUGGUUGGGUGUUAGCGGUGGUAGGGGCGUUUGGGGUGUAUCCUUAUGA